AUGAUUUGGUAUGUGGCCACUUUGAUAGCAAGUGUGAUCAGCACCCGAGGUCUUGCGGCUCAAGGCGCCCACGGCCUGCGAGAGGAACCCGAGUUUGUGACUGCAAGAGCUGGCGAGAGUGUGGUCUUGCGAUGCGAUGUGAUCCACCCGGUGACGGGACAGCCCCCACCCUAUGUCGUAGAGUGGUUCAAGUUCGGGGUCCCCAUCCCUAUCUUCAUCAAGUUUGGCUACUACCCACCCCACGUGGACCCUGAGUAUGCAGGCCGGGCCAGUCUCCACGAUAAGGCAUCCUUGCGGCUGGAGCAGGUUCGCUCCGAGGACCAGGGCUGGUACGAGUGCAAAGUGCUCAUGCUGGACCAGCAGUAUGACACCUUCCACAACGGGAGCUGGGUCCACCUCACUAUCAAUGCCCCUCCCACCUUUACAGAAACACCCCCCCAGUACAUCGAGGCCAAGGAAGGUGGCAGUAUUACCAUGACCUGCACGGCUUUUGGGAACCCCAAGCCCAUUGUCACCUGGCUAAAGGAGGGGACGCUCCUAGGUGCUAGUGGGAAGUACCAGGUGAGUGACGGCAGCCUGACAGUGACAUCGGUCAGUCGGGAGGACAGAGGCGCCUACACCUGUCGAGCAUACAGCAUCCAGGGGGAGGCUGUCCAUACAACCCACCUGCUGGUCCAAGGGCCGCCUUUCAUUGUUUCCCCUCCUGAGAACAUCACUGUCAACAUAUCCCAGGACGCUCUGCUCACCUGCCGGGCAGAGGCGUAUCCCGGCAACCUCACCUACACCUGGUACUGGCAGGACGAGAACGUCUACUUCCAGAACGACCUGAAGCUGAGGGUGCGAAUCCUGAUCGAUGGGACCCUGAUCAUCUUUCGGGUGAAGCCAGAAGACGCAGGGAAGUACACCUGUGUCCCUAGCAACAGUCUGGGGCGCUCCCCCUCCGCCUCGGCGUACCUGACGGUGCAGUACCCCGCCCGCGUGCUCAACAUGCCCCCUGUCAUUUAUGUGCCCGUGGGGAUCCAUGGCUAUAUCCGCUGCCCCGUGGACGCAGAGCCACCAGCCACCGUGGUCAAGUGGAACAAAGACGGGCGCCCCCUGCAGGUUGAGAAGAACUUAGGUUGGACCUUGAUGGAAGAUGGCUCCAUUCGAAUCGAGGAGGCCACAGAAGAGGCCCUUGGCACUUAUACCUGUGUGCCUUACAACACCUUGGGGACCAUGGGCCAGUCUGCUCCUGCAAGGCUUGUCCUGAAGGACCCCCCGUACUUCACGGUGCUACCAGGCUGGGAGUACAGGCAGGAGGCCGGCCGGGAGCUGCUCAUCCCCUGUGCAGCCGCAGGGGAUCCCUUCCCUGUCAUCACGUGGAGAAAGGUAGGGAAGCCCAGCAGAAGCAAGCACAACGUCCUGCCCAGUGGGAGUCUCCAGUUUCGCGCCCUGAGUAAGGAGGACCACGGGGAGUGGGAAUGUGUCGCCACCAACGUGGUCACGAGCAUCACUGCCAGCACCCACCUCACUGUCAUUGGCACCAGCCCCCAUGCCCCAGGCAGUGUCCGGGUCCACGUCUCCAUGACAACUGCCAAUGUGUCCUGGGAGCCCGGCUAUGACGGAGGAUAUGAGCAGACAUUCUCAGUUUGGACGAAGCGGGCACAGUUUGGGCCCCACGACUGGCUGUCCUUGUUAGUGCCACCGGGACCCAGCUGGCUGCUGGUGGACACUCUGGAGCCUGAGACAGCCUACCAGUUCAGCGUCCUGGCCCAGAACAAGCUGGGAACCAGCGCCUUCAGUGAGGUGGUCACUGUGAACACUUUAGCAUUCCCUAUCACAACUCCAGAACCCCUGGUGCUGGUCACCCCACCAAGGUGCCUCAUAGCCAAUCGGACUCAGCAGGGUGUGCUCUUGUCCUGGCUCCCGCCUGCCAACCACAGCUUUCCCAUUGACCGCUACAUCAUGGAGUUCCGCGUCGGGGAGCGCUGGGAGAUGCUCGAUGAUGCCAUCCCAGGCACCGAUGCAGAGUUCUUUGCCAAGGAUCUGUCACAGGACACCUGGUACGAGUUCCGGGUCCUGGCCGUCAUGCAGGAUCUAAUCAGCGAGCCCAGCAACAUCGCCGGCGUCUCCAGCACAGACAUCUUCCCGCAGCCGGACCUGACCGCGGACGGGCUUGCGCGGCCUGUGCUGGCUGGAAUCGUGGCUACCAUCUGCUUCCUGGCAGCUGCCAUCCUGUUCAGCACCCUGGCCGCCUGCUUUGUCAACAAGCAGCGCAGGCGUAAGCUCAAACGUAAGAAAGACCCUCCACUCUCCAUCACUCACUGCAGGAAAAGCCUGGAGUCUCCCUUGUCCUCUGGCAAGGUGAGCCCCGAGAGCAUCCGGACACUCCGGGCCCCAUCAGAGUCCUCUGACGACCAAGGCCAGCCUGCAGCCAAGAGGAUGCUGAGCCCCACCCGGGAGAAGGAGCUGUCGCUGUAUAAGAAGACCAAGAGGGCCAUUAGCAGCAAGAAGUAUAGUGUGGCCAAGGCUGAGGCUGAGGCAGAGGCCACCACCCCCAUCGAGCUCAUCAGCAGGGGCCCCGACGGCCGCUUUGUGAUGGACCCUGCUGAGAUGGAGCCCUCGCUGAAGAGCAGGCACAUCGAGGGCUUCCCCUUUGCAGAAGAGACCGACAUGUACCCCGAGUUCCGCCAGUCGGACGAGGAGAAUGAGGACCCGCUGGUGCCCACAUCUGUGGCUGCUCUCAAGUCCCAGCUGACCCCUCUGUCGUCCAGCCAGGAGUCCUACCUGCCACCACCAGCAUAUAGCCCUCGGUUCCAGCCCCGUGGGCUGGAGGGCCCCAGCGGCCUGGAGGGUCGUCUCCAGGCCACGGGCCAGGCCAGGCCCCCGGCCCCCCGGCCUUUCCACCACGGCCAGUAUUAUGGGUACCUCAGCAGCAGCAGCCCUGGGGAGGUCGAGCCACCUCCCUUCUAUGUGCCAGAAGUGGGCAGCCCCCUGAGCUCUGUCCUGUCGUCCCCACCCCUGCACAGCGAGGGGCCCUUUGGCCACCCCACCAUCCCUGAGGAGAACGGAGAGAACGCUUCCAGCAGCACGCUGCCCUUGGCCCAGACGCCCACAGGAGGGCGCUCCCCUGAGCCCUGGGGCCGGCCGGAGUUCCCCUUUGGGGGGCUGGAAGCCCCAGCCAUGAUGUUCCCCCACCAGCUGCAUCCUUGUGACGUCGCCGAGAGUCUGCAGCCCAAGGCCUGCCUCCCCCGAGGACUGCCCCCCACCUCCCUGCAGGUGCCCGCGGCCUACCCAGGCAUCCUGUCCCUGGAGGCAGCCAAGGGCUGGGCGGGCAAGUCACCUGGCAGGGGUUCUGUCCCAGUGCCCCCCACGGCCAAGUGGCAGGACAGACCUAUGCAACCUCUGGCGAGCCAAGGGCAGCUAAGACAUACCAGCCAAGGUAUGGGCAUACCCGUGUUGCCUUACCCCGAGCCGGCCGAGCCCGGGGGGCAGGGCGGCCCCAGCACAUUUGGCCUGGACACCCGGUGGUAUGAGCCCCGGCCCCGGCCCAGCCCCCGGCAGGCCAGGCGCGCCGAGCCUAGUUUACAUCAAGUGGUGCUACAGCCAUCUCGGCUCUCACCUCUGACCCAAAGCCCCCUGAGCUCCCGCACUGGCUCCCCUGAGCUCGCCGCCCGAGCCCGGCCUCGCCCAGGCCUCCUGCAGCAGGCAGAGAUGUCGGAGAUCACCCUGCAGCCGCCAGCCGCGGUCAGCUUCUCCCGCAAGUCCACGCCGUCCUCAGGCUCUCCUUCCCAGAGCAGCCGCAGCGGGAGCCCCAGCUACCGGCCCGCCAUGGGCUUCACCACUCUGGCCACAGGCUACCCGUCCCCUCCGCCGGGCCCCGCGCCUACUGGGCCUGGGGACAACUUGGAUGUGUUUGGACAGACGCCUUCCCCUCGAAGGAUGGGGGAGGAACUGCUCCGACCAGAGCCCCCCCCACCCACAUUACCUACUUCAGGAACACUUCCACCUGCACCCGGGAAUGCUGCUGCACCUGAGAGGCUGGAGGCUCUGAAAUACCAACGGAUAAAGAAGCCCAAAAAGUCAUCCAAGGGCUCUUCGAAGUCAAAGAAACGAUCCGACGGUCCUGCCUCCCAGGCUCAGCAGCUCCCCAGCUCUCAGGUUCUGUGGCCCGAUGAAGCUGUCUGCCUCCGGAAGAAGAAGAGACACUCUCGUCCUGACCCCUUUGCCCGGCUCUCAGACUUGUGUCACCGCCAGCUUCCAGAAGACCAGACGGCAAUUCUCAACAGUGUGGACCAUGACGAUCCUGGCCAUGCCACUCUGCUAUGAUCCAGCCCCACUCUAAGUGUCCCCAGGGCGAGGUGCUGGGCUCAUGGGGCAGGGAGGGACGUUGUGCGUGGCGUGUCCUCCUCUGCCCGCCAAGGGAUGGCCCAGACCUGUGUUCUGCGUGCUCUCGCUCCUCCAGCUGGCUUCGCCUCUGGGACGGGGGGCUGGGGCAGACCCUCCACCUGUGGGUUAAGGUCAGGAAGUGAACUGGGGACAGGGAGACGCGUGUCUCCUCCCCUCUCCCGCCUGCUUCCCUGCAUUAAUUUUUCUCACCUCUUCCAAUAUCUUUGGAAGUGAAGGAGAGGAAAGCAAUGGCUUUUAUUGCUCUCGGCUUCUGUCUCGGUUUCCCUAGUCCUGGUGAAGGCCUGGAUCUCCAUGCCGUCUCCCAAACGCCACGCAUAUAUAGAUGCAGAUACAAACGCAUAUGU